UUAGGUAUUUUUGUAGUACUACUAACAAUAUGAAAUAUAAAUAAUAGUCAUAAAUUUUAUAUUUUCUGUUUUACGGUACUUUUUAACAUGAUUGUCGUGAGGCGUAAUCAUGUUAAUUGAUAUUAAUAUGCUCAAAUUUUCAUUAUCUAAGGAACUUGGAAAUUGGAAUUAGUAACCGCUUAUUCUGAUUUCUAUACACAUAAUACUAAAUGUGUUUCAGAAAACAUAGAUUUUAAAAUUUGUACUAAAGCUGAGACAAUAUUAAAUAAAUCGGUAUUCUAAAUACUAUCACAAUGUGGGACAGAAUAAUAGAAUAUUUAAAAGACCCAUUAUUAGUGGUUAAAGUGCAGAACUUUUUUGGAAUUGAGUAUAAAAAAUUAAAACAAACUGGUGACACAUGCACAGUAAGUGCGGAUAGAAAUGAUUAUGCAGAUGAGUUUGAUAUAAGACAGCACAAAAGAAUACCAAGUGAUACAUCAGGGAGUUCCCAGUUUUCAAAUGAGACUGAAAGUUCUAGGGAAAGCAAUCAAGAAGAGUUGGAAUGCAUGAUAGAUAACAAGUUCUGGUAUUAUUUAUUUGUAUUGGGCACAGCCCUUGGUGAUGAGAUAUUUUAUGCCACAUUUAUACCCUUCUGGUUUUGGAAUAUUGAUGGAGCUGUUGGAAGACGUGUUGUUCUUGUUUGGACCGUUGUCAUGUAUAUAGGUCAGGGAUUCAAAGAUAUAAUUCGGUGGCCAAGACCUGGGUAUCCUGUGAAGAAGCUCCAAGAGAAAUGGGCAAUAGAAUAUGGUAUGCCAUCAACUCAUGCAAUGGUUGGUGUGUCAAUACCAUUCUCAGUGCUGUUGUACACAAUGGGCCGGUACGAAUAUCCUGUGCAUUGGGGAGUGGUAGUGGCGGUGUCCUGGUGUGCUCUCAUCUGUGUCAGCAGGGUGUACCUCGGCAUGCACACUGUUUUGGAUAUAGCAGCGGGCUUGGCACUUUCCUCUCUCCUGUUGGUGGUCCUUAUACCAUUUGUAGACUACCUGGAUGGAUUGAUACUCACAUCACGCUACACACCUCUCUUUGUUCUAUUUAUCUCCAUACUGUCAUUGGUUUACUAUCCCGAGUCUGACAUAUGGACACCCACAAGGGGUGACACUACGAUGAUAGUGAGCGUGUGCUCGGGCAUCCUUGUGGGCUCGUGGAUCAACUACCAGCUCGGCAACAUGGUGGCCAGCGAGCACGACCCACCCUACACCAUCAUCUGGCCCUCCGUGGAGAUGUUUGGGUGUCUGCUGCUGCGGACAACCCUCGGCUUCUGCGGCGUGCUCGCCACGCGGGCUAUCGGCAAGUCCGUCUCGUAUGCCUUCAUCAGCGCUCUACUCGGCAAGGAUAAAAACGAACUGAGGAAUUCCGAGAACAGCUUGAACAACACGGACAAGAUAAUUGUGGAGUACAGCUACAAGUAUAUCACGUACGGAUUUAUCGGGCUCAACACCACCUAUGUAUUCCCCAAUGUGUUUGAUCUGCUGAUGAUCAAUAGACCCACUUACUACACGGAAAUUUGAUGAAUGUCGCAACAUUGUUCUCCGGCAGGCCCCCGGAGUGGAUGAUGCAAUUGCAGCUUCACUCGUCACAUACAGUGGAUGUUCGGUGACAUCAGGUGGCGUGUUAUAUUAUUGGUUAUGUUAGCAUAGGAUUCUAGGCCAAUACAUCACAAUUAGUAGGUAGUAGCACGCACCCCUUACAAUAUUGAUAUAUUUUAGUAGUGUGAUUUAAAAAGGGCUACAAUUCGUCCUAUACAUCUUUACUCAUUUUCGAUUUUAUGCGCCCUUAAACAGCUCACGAUCAUGAAUUAGUUCAAAUAUUAUUGACCUCUGUAAGAAAAUAGAUGUAAUACCCAUUGAAGUACAAUAAACAAGCAGAAUCACAAUCACACUUAAAAAUUGUCUGCAGAAAAACUCUGCCUACGCGUCUAUAAGGUAGAGUUUUAGUUCCGCUGUGUAACGACCGCGCUUUGAAUACAACGCCACGCAAUAACAAAGUGCUCAGUGAAAAUUGUCCUAAUAUCUUUAUAUAAUCUCGCGCGUAGCGUAGUGUUCUAAUAUACAAUAGACUUUGAACAUUAGUGCAACGAAAUAAGGUGUUAAUUUGAAUGAAUGUUCUAAUGUUAUCUGUAUACGUACCUAUAUAGAAAGUCGCUCACAUUUUUUGACCUUUUAAUAGGCGAUUCAGAGUCUAGUUGUUUGUUGUACGAACUAAUACCCAAACAUUUGUUGUAUUAAUUGUAAUAGGACUUCGUCUUAUAUUGUAGAUUUUAAAGUAUACCAGUCAUUAGUGUUAUGUCUGCUUCUGCAAUAGAGUGAUAGCAAUAAGAGCGAGAAUAAUCUUGUGCAGUGUUUGCAAUCAUACUAUUAAAUUAAUGUGUUCUUUUUGAUAUUCCUAGUUGAUUAAUUUUUAAUUUUGUUAAAUGUUGGUAAUGGCAAAGUAUUGUUGAUCACAGAGCGAAAACAUGUGAUAUACAUUAGAAUAAGUUAGUGCUAACACAGUCGUUAAACAAUUUUCAUUAAGAAGCUGUUCUGACAAAUAGGCUGAUUUCGGUUGGUGAUACUGAAAAUAUGUUACAUAACAUUAUCAAAACUGUGCACGUUAUGGAUAGCAUAAUUCUGCAUUUUGCAUGUGGUAAAAGGGAAUUUACAAAAAAAAUUUCAAUUAAUGGAAAUCCUUUGAUAUUGAAUGCCGCUUUCUUCAAAUCAAUAUCACAGUGAAGUUUGACCAUCGUUCCUAAGGGAAUAUAAAAAAAAUGUUGAUCAAAAAGUGCAAAUGAGCUCUCAUCAUUUAUACCAUAGUUUCUCAAACUUAUUUUGCUCACCGCCCACUUUGAGAAUAUGUUUUUUUCUUGAGUAUUUUCGUGUAGUUUUUGUCUUUUCAGACUAUAUUUUUUAAUCUACCCACGCCCCAUUUGCGCCCUUUCAAUGCCCCCUAACUUUCUCUGGGUCUUCUACUGCCCCCCCUAUCAUGCUCUUAUUAUAGGGAACAAAAUUAACCGAAAUCAGUCGUUUUUCGGGAUGGCCUCUUAACGAAUUAUUCAUUGAUCAAACAAUAUAACUUACUAACUGUUAUUUAGUAUUACUUACAUAUAUUUUUAUUACUUUAAUUAAAUAAAUUGAUCAAACAGGCAUAAGCUAACAUACAAAUGCACCUAUAUAACAUAUCUCUGUUUAUAUAGUGAAUAAUCGUUGACUUGUAGUAAUGUGGGCAAGGUUGUGACAAAGAAUAGAUAUAUAUUUAUAAGAGGUUGCUCUGUAUAUAAUUUGUACAUAUUAUUAUUGAUCACUUCAUUUCAAUUUACUGCCAAAAUGGUUACAAACUUUAUUAUUAAUUUGUGUAAUUAAUCCCGGCAGGGUUAUCACUUUAAAAUUGCAAGAACAAUAUCUCAAGUCAAUUUCCUAAUAUGCAAAUAUUGGGGUUGAGCAGGUUAUCAACUGUAAAGUAGAUCCUGUCGAUGAAGCCACAACCUGUGAGUUGAACAAAGCAUACAAGAUUAAUGAACCUUACGUCACUCGAACGGUUGGCUGAGUUGGAAGGGCGCUCGCACGGAUCGCGAGAGGUCGCGGGUUCGAGUCCCGCAUCAUUUUAAAAUUUUGUUUUCAAAUUUAAUUUGUGUAACUGUAAACUAUAUUAUUUUAAUUUGCUUUAAACAACAAAAAGUUAACACAGGGCUCUGGCAUGCAAGGAUGGCUUUCUUUAUUAUAUUUUAGUUUGCUCGGUGCGACUUAGUGCGCUUUCAUUAGGGCUUCCAAUCCCGCGGCCUGUAUUCAAUCUCGGCAUUUGCGGAACUACGAAUUUUCAAUCCCGCGGGAUCUCGGUAUUUGCGGGAUUCCGCAAUAUGCACACUGUAAAUUUUAUCUACUCCACAUUUAUUUACGUACAUAUUACUAUUAAAAUGAGAUCAAUCAAAUUAUACCGUUUUUUCACAAAAAAACAAUAACAAAUUCUGAAUAAAAAGCAAAUCAAAACAAAACAAAUCGUUUUCAAAAAAUACACAAAGCAAAAUUAAAAAAUCAAGCAAAAAAGACAUUUUAAACUGAUAAAUUAUUACUUAAUUAUUAAGUUUGUCAGCUUUUAAUCUUAACUGAAAAUGUUUGCGAAGGAAACACAUGUCCAAACUGACGUCUGCCAAACUACUGCGUAUUUUAGACGCAAUAUAGCCUACAGCAGAAAAUGCCCUUUCUGAUUCCACACUUGUGGGCGGUAUUCCUUUUAAGGGUUUGUACGUGAAUGAAAGAUUCAUGAUUCAGGGUGUAUCAAUAAACUUCACGAAAACACGAAACAGUUAAAAACUUGAGUUAUUGAGAAUAAUAUUUCACGCAGAUUAUCAUAUUUUGCAUCGCAUGCACGCUUUAUUUCAGUCCCGCAAUUCCCGCGGAUCCCGCGCCCGUAAUCCCGCAUCUCGCGGGAUUGGAAAAUGGCGCGGGAUCCCGCAAUACCGAGAUCUCGGUAUUUGUUUGAUUGGAAGCCCUAGUUUUCAUACGUCCCGGUUUCCGGGUAAUCCGGCGGCGAAGUGUAGAGCCAAGUACGAUAGCUUUCACACGUGGCGUCAUAAAUUACCGGGAAGGCGAUCGCCGGGUGCUCGCUGGAGCCACAGUGAUGUAUAGAACAUGUAACAAGCUUUCAUACACACCGGCGGUUAGUAGCCCAGGUAAAACCACGUUGUUUUGUCUCACAACCUCGUGUCGUCAUAAUUUAUGCGAAAAUUGCAAAAUUGAGAUGUAUCUAGACGUAUGUAGAAACGCUGUAAAUGGUUUUUCAAACUGUGAUAUAAUAUAGGAUGAUAUAGACUUCCUAAAGUACGUGAAGAACCUGUUUUCAUCAUUUAGUAGGCCUGGAAAUAGAGUGUAAAAUGAUCCACAGUGUUCUCUUCUCAAGUUAAUCGGGUGAACUCAAUAAUUACUCGACUUCAUUAUUAGAGAAGAUUGAAAAUUAAAUUAUGAAUGCGAAGUCACUACGCGACAGUACUAGCGUCGAUGGUAAGAACGCUAUUCGAGACAAAAUCGGGUCGUGUGAAAGCUGAAUAUGUUACCGGACAGUCGGCGCGGCUACCCGGGACGUAUGAAAAGGGCCUAAUAGUUAUCGCGUCCGAUUCCUUCCUUUCCAGUGAAAUAUGACUUCUUCGUAUUCAAUGAUAUAUAUCAGGCUAUAUAUCAAAUAUUUUGGUGGUAUACUAUAUUAUAUGCAGUGUUGGGAGGCCCCCCACAAGAUGGACCGACGAUCUCGUCAAGAUCGCCGGAAUACGUUGGAUGAGGGCAGCGCAGGACCGAUCGUCGUGGAAAUCUUUGGGGGAGGCCUUUGUCCAGCUGUGGACGUCUUCCGGCUGAUGAUGAAGAUAUAUAUUAAAUGACCCACCUUAGCACAUGUAUCAUAUGCUAGCGUCGCGUCAUUACCUUGUGAAUUCUGUCCCUAACAUGCGAUACAUGGACACAGGGCCAUUACUAUCAUCACUGUGAUGGAAUAGCCUUAAUAAUUAUAUGCUUACAUACAUUCCACAAGGAAAUUACUUUAAGUUAAAAAAAUUAUAAAUUAUUAAAAAAAUAUAUAUCAAAUUUGGCUUUAAAAACAUCUCUUCUACAGUAGCCAGAACCUUGUAGAUAAUACAGACCUAAGUAAUUUAACAUGCCAAAAGUAAAAUGCGAGUUGUUCAAUGAAAUUAAAUGUCGUUUAAAAUAUUUUAGGUUUAAGCUGUUCAAGGAAAUGGAAAAAUAAUACAUGUAUUUACUUAAAUUACAAAAAUAUAUUUAUUUACAAAUAAAACACUGUCUAAAUUCAAAAUUAAAAACUAUUCUGAUUAUAUACAGUAUUUCUAAAUAAAUAUAACAUAAUAUUAACUACAAGAAUUUUUAUUGGCCGUCUGAUAGCAGGUAGGUAUAAGAUAAAAAUGUGUUUUUGUAUUUCAUUGAUAAAUAUAGUUAGUAAAAUAUAUAGACGACCCAUAUAGCCGAUUGGUUAGCGACACCACCUAGAGGUCCCGGGUUCAUAUCCCGGUAGGUGCAAAUAUUAAUAUGAUGAAUAUGGAUGUUUGUUUCCGAGUCAUGGAUGUUUAUAUGUAUUUAUGUAUGUUUAAGUAAGUAUAUUGUAUUAAAUAUAUCGUUGUCUUGCAACCCAUAGCACAGGCUAUGCCUAAUUUGGGGCAAGAAAAAAAAAUCCAUUGUAAUUAGAUAACAUAUUGUAAUACAAUAUUAUCAUUUUAAAAUUUACUUCUUUGAAUAUUAUUUUGAGAUAUAUGAUAAUUAUUAAUCUUUUCAGGGCAUUGUCAAAAUUAUACUAUUAUUUUCGA